AUGUCGAGGUCUCUCAAUCCUAUGAAUGGAGGCGACUUCAUUCACGACGAUGAACGGAAGUUGGACGGUGGCUCUGUAUUGUCCAGACUUUCCCUUGCCAACAAGACAGCUAUUAUCACUGGUGCAGGUGGCGGAAUCGGAUACUCGGUGGCCGUUGCAUAUGCAGAAAUGGGAUGCAACAUUGCCAUAUGGUACCAUACAAACAGAGAGGCGCCGAAAAGGGCAGAAGAGCUUUCUGAGAAGUACAAAGUCAAAUGCAAGGCAUACCAGGUUGAUGUCAGGUUGUGGGAGGCUGUGGAGAAGGCCACCGACCAAGCCGUCGCAGAUCUGAACGGUCGUCUCGACAUCUUUGUUGCCAACUCCGGUGUCCCGUGGACCCAAGGCCCCAUGAUUGAUGCCCCCCUCGAACAAUACAAAGACGUCAUUCAAACGGACCUCGAUGGUGUGUACUACUGCGCCAAAGCUGCCGCAAAGCACUGGCGACGCCAGAAGCUGGAAGGGACGGAUGUUGUUGGGAAACCGUUGGACAACUUCAAUCGCGGAAGCUUCAUUGCGACGGCUUCUCCAGAGCUGGCGUCAUUCACCCCCUAA